AUGAAUCAAAGGAAAUAUGCCUUAGAGCUAAUAUCUGAAUGUGGAUUAGCUGGAGGGAAAACAAAUGCGACACCACUUGAGCAGAACCAGAAGCUUACAAGUAUAGAGUAUGAUAAUCAAUUCAAUAUCACAGAUGAUGCUGAACUAGAGGAUAGAAGAACAUAUCAGAGGUUGAUUGGGAGACUGCUGCAGCCUGGAUUAGGACUACUGAUGAGCAGCAGAAAGUCAGGGAAGAUAAAUGCCUUUUGUGAUGCUGAUUGGGCAUCAUGCUUGCUAUCCAAGAAAUCUGUAAUAGGUUUUGGAAUAAAGUUUGGAGAUUCCUUGGUGUCAUGGAAAUCGAAAAAACAAAGCACUGUUUCCAGAAGUUCAGCAGAAGCUGAAUAUAGGAGUAUGGCUACCACUGUUGCAGAACUAGUUUGGCUGCAAGGUUUGUUACAGGAAAUUGGGGCUCACGUUGAAUUGCCUAUGGACUUACACUGCGAUAACAAAGCAGCAAUGCAAAUAGCCUCUAACCCAAUGUAUCAUUAG